GUAAGCACUUUUAAAAUAAAACUACUUUUUUUUCUCAUAACACAUUGCCUUAACCUAUUAAUUCUCUUCUCUCUUCCUCUUUCUAAUACAACUGUUCCUUUGGAUUCCAAACAAACCCCUUCAUCAAGUUCUUUCUAGUUUCUACCCUAAUUUUCUAUAUAUACACCCCUUCCCUCUUCUAUUAUUUACUGUUCUCAUAUCCAACCUACCUUAUAAAUAUACACAAACCAACUUGAGAUUUUGAAAGAAAGAAAGAUAUUUGUUUCAAUUAUCUCAUCUCAUCUCUUUCUUCUAUCUUCUCUUUUCUUCUUUGUAUCUAGCUAGAGACAUGUCAAACUGCAGCAUAGAUGUUGCACCUGCUGAGCAACUUUGCUACAUCCCUUGCAACUUUUGCAAUAUUGUUCUUGCGGUGAGUGUUCCAUGCAGUAGCUUGUUUGACAUAGUGACCGUUCGAUGUGGUCACUGCACAAAUCUAUGGUCUGUGAACAUGGCCGCCGCGUUUCAGUCACUGUCAUGGCAAGAUGUUCAGGCACCUAGUCAGCAGGGCAUGAAUAUUAAUCCAGAGUAUAGGAUUAGAACUGCAGCUGGAUCAGGUUCCAAAUACAGCAACGAUAGGAUUGCAAUGCGCACUACUACUGCACCACCACCAACCACUCAAGAAAGGGUUGUUAACCGCCCUCCCGAGAAGAGGCAGCGAGUACCUUCUGCUUAUAACCAGUUCAUAAAGGAAGAAAUUCAGAGGAUUAAGGCUAAUAAUCCUGAUAUUAGUCACAGAGAAGCUUUUAGUACUGCUGCCAAGAACUGGGCACAUUUUCCUCAUAUUCAUUUUGGACUCAUGUUGGAGACCAACAAUCAAGCUAAGAUAGAGAAUGUAUCUGAGAAGCGUUUGAUGUCAAGGGCUGCACUAAUGAACAAAUAAAGAAAGCAAUAUUCAUAAUGUGUUAGGGACGAUUUCAUCAAUUUCAAUUAAGUGUGUCAUGUAAAGAUUGUCCUGGCUUUUCAUGAGUUUUAAGGACAAUUGACUAUUUUAAUUUUCUUUGUUUUUUUUUUCCCCUUUCUUUUCUCUAUAUGUUAUAGCAGUUUGUCACUGCUUACUACUUGUUUAAUGAAUGUUUUUACUUAAUAUGAAUGAAGCAAGAAUGCUACUUUCCCUUGUCAUCAUAAUCUACCAAUCUAUCUAUAUAUAGUGGUGUUAAAGAAAUUACAUAAAUUUUUGUAGCAAAAA